AUGUCUGAAACGCCAAACGGUCGAGGCGAAGGUUAUGGAUAUGGUAGCCGUCGUGGAGGAAAGGGCGGAGGAAUUGUCGGUCGUAAGGAUGUUGGAAGAAGUAGAGAAACUCUCGAUGAGAGCCAGAUCAUAGGCGGUGUUUACUGUGACGCCAAUCUGAGCGAGCAUGGAAGAGGAAGAGUGAUAGGUAGAGGAGCAGAUGGUACUAGACAACACUUGUCUCAGAUUCGAGGUGAUACUUUCGGUGUACUUCGAUUUACGACUCACACAAACAUACCUGGAGCACGACCAAUACAGACGACCAGAGGGUACAGAAACGCCAACAACGUUAACAACGAAGCAGAAGAUGAUAAACAGCCUGAUCAGCGACAAAACGCAAGCGCCAAGGGCAUCAUGAGCAAGAGCAAUGAGGAUAGAACACCUCAUCUGCUAGGCACUGUGAUUUAG